AUGCCGUUCCCUUUUCUGAAGCUCCCUGCGGAGUUGAGGAAUGAAAUUUACCACUAUCAUCUGCUCGCCUCCGAAAAGAUCAAACCGACCCUGCCGGACGACACUUCGUUUGUUCGGACCCAUUUGGCGCGCUGCCCCUUGAACAGCCACAUGGUUCGUGGCCGGAUCAAAUGCACAGAUUGCUUCAGCGGCAACGAAGAGAUUAUCCGCAUCCCGCCUUCUUCCCUGUCCCUGUUGCUUGUCAACAAACAAAUAUACAACGAGGCCUUAUCCAUCUUCUACCACGAGAACCAUUUCGUCUUUGCCAAUACUGGUGAACUUGGCAAUUUUCUCAAAGCCAUUGGUCCGAAGCGCCGCAAGUUCAUUAGCAAACUGACGUUUGGAUUUGGCUGGGGUGCUCACCAGGCCUUUAAACUCCUCGCGGAAAGCCUCUUCCUAAAGGAACUGCACAUCAACAUGGACUUGAACCAGCGACAUUUGGGGGUGCACCAUAAGUAUUUCGUCCCGUCGAUGAUGAGGCUUGCCACCGGAAUGCCUGCGCUCAGCAAAUUGAGAGGUCUAGAGAUUGUCGAGCUCACGGGACAGGAUAAGACCGCUCGCGGAAUAGUCGACGUCAAUGAUGAAGGUGCGGUUGGCCCUUGGCUCAAGGAGCAGUUGUUGCAGCCUCGGGAAGAGAAGCGGACCAGAAGAUCGCGCGCUCGGAAAUCGGCCUUACCUCGUCAGCAUGAGUUUGCAGAGAUUGAGGUUUUCUCGACAUAUCUUGACGCAUAG